AUGUCGGUGCAGCUUGAGAGUUCAGAUGGAGAGGUGGUCACGGUGCCCGCUGAGGUGGCUAAGAUGUCAGUUACGAUAGCGCACAUGCUGGAGGAUGUGGACGUGAUUUCCGACGAUCCAGACGACCUGGGCAGCCCCAUCCCCCUGCCCAACAUCAACAGCGCCACCCUCGCCAAGGUGCUCGAGUACUGCUCGUGGCACCACGCCAACCCCAACCCUUCGGGCGAUCAAAAGGGCGCAGAUGGUGUGCUGGAGUGGGACCGCAAGUUCUGUGAGGUGGAGCAGGUCGUCUUGUACCGUCUCAUCUUAGCUGCGAACUAUCUGGACAUCAAGCCGCUUCUUGAGCUUGCAUGCCGAACUGUGGGGCUCAUGAUCCGCGCAUGCACGACAGCAGAAGAGAUUCGACAAAAAUUUGGCAUCAAGGCAGAUCUCACACCAGAAGAAGAAGAGGAGAUCAAGAAGGAAUAUGCCUUCCUCAACGAUUUGUAA